GUGGUACAAUACAACAAGAGUAUGUAGUGGAUUAUUUAAACUAAGGUCCAGUAAAGCCGAUGCUCGUCAUCAUCGAGGUAUAAGUGCCGGGGCGGGGGACUUCUCUGUGAAAAAACUGUCUUUUUGCGGUCAAUAUGGAUUUUGAAACUCUGGCAUCAGGACUUAAUUGUACACCACCGGCGAUAGACGACUUUCCCAGGGAUUUUUUUACGGAAGAACAGCGGCAGGGUGGUGCCGUGGCUGUUCAUAUAGUGGUGUCUCUCUACCUCUUCGUAGCGUUAGCUGUAGUCUGUGAUAAAUAUUUCGUACCCGCCGUUGAAAAAAUAUGUCAUGCGUUAAAUAUGACAGCGGAUGUAGCUGGAGCUACCUUUAUGGCUGCCGCAACAUCCGCGCCAGAACUUUUUGUAAAUGUUAUUGGAACAUUUAUAACGGAGGGUGAUAUCGGUGUUGGAACUAUUGUCGGAUCAGCAGUUUUUAAUAUUUUAGCAGUAGCGGCCUGCUGCGGAAUUGGCGCUGGUAUGAGCGGUGCGAAGAUAGUCCCAUUGGAUUGGUGGCCCCUCACUAGAGAUUGUUUAGCCUACGGAGUUACAGUUUCCAUUUUAAUUUGUAUCAUUCACGAUGAAAGAGUGGAAUGGUAUGAAGCAUUGUGCCUCGUCCUCUUGUACACAGUCUAUAUAUUUAUCAUGUACUUUGAUAAGAACAUCCAAAAUUGUGUCAGAGGGUUAAUGAACUUACCUCCUAUUCCUAAAUCAAGACGUAGUAGUUCCAAAGGUAAUCCAGAUGCUUUGGACAUCCACUUCAACAUCAAAAUAACUAGCGGAGAUAUUCAACCAGAGAAGGACAAAAUCGACAAAAAAACAAUUGAAAAAUUGAAGGACACAAGCACAAAGAGUAUCGAUUUCCAAAACAAUGUUUCCGAUCCAGAUGAUGGCGUGUACGUCAUCAAUUCUUCUACGCAUGUAAAUGGAUCGUUGAAGCUACCUAUGGCGAUUGAGGACAAAGGUAUAGAUAAUUUUAAAAAAGAGGAAAGUGUUCUUAGUAACCAUGAACGUAACCAUUCGUUAUGGAGAUGGCCAGGAGAAAGCGGAAAAUUGGCGCAGGCAACUUGGAUAAUAACAUGGCCCAUAUAUUUGAUAUUCCUGUUUACAAUUCCUGACUGCGAAGCGAAGAGAUUCAAGAAAUGGUUUCCGCUAACAUUUGUAAUGUGCAUCGUUUGGAUUGGAUCGUUGUCCUAUGCAGUGGCUUGGAUGAUAACUAUAAUAGGUGACACCUUAAAAAUCCCAGAUUCGGUUAUGGGCAUAACCUUUUUAGCUGCUGGCACUAGCGUUCCGGAGGCUGUUUCUAGUGUUAUUGUUGCAAAACAAGGUCAUGGUUCCAUGGGAAUUAGCAACUCUAUAGGUUCAAACACAUUUGAUAUUCUGCUCUGUUUAGGAUUACCUUGGUUCAUCAAAGCAACGUUUAUGCCAACCAUUGCAGGAAGACAUUGGGUCGGUAUCAACUCAGCCGGUAUCGAGUACAGCGCUAUUUCACUUCUCUCGACGUUACUGAUGUUAUAUAUCGCCUUUGCGUUAAACAAAUUUCAGCUCGAUAAAAGAGUUGGCAGGGUUUGUUUGUUAAUGUACGCCGUUUUUCUCACGUUAGCCAGCCUGAUAGAAUUAAAUGCUUUCUUCAGGGUUAACUUGCCGACGUGUGGACGGUGAAUUGUGGAUUAUGCAGCUAGCAAGCCAAGCGAGACAUUGUUGGAAAACACAAACAUUUGAUGAAGUUUUAAACACCAGGUGUACCUUUCACUGUAACAACUAAAAUUACUUUGUUGUAUUAAAAAACAAUGUGUUGUUAGUGAUAAGUUUUAGAUUUAUUUAAAUAAGUUUUUUUAUUGGUAUUACUGUUAGUCAGCCCUGUUCUGUAGCUUUUAACACCCGUGUUGAGCUGGC